AUGAAUCUCUUCUCCUGGAGAAAGAAACCCCAACCGCCGAACACCAAAACUGAGAGUCCAAAGGAUGCGCUCUUUGAACAAGUUACCGAAAAUGUUAAAUGGUCCAAAAAAUUGCAGGAAUCUCCAAAGAUUGUGGAGCAUCAGUUUGGAGAAAGCUUGGGGCUGAGAACCCGCGUGUUAAGGACGUUAGUUGAUGCGGAUCAGCUAGGGAUAGGUCCGCCAGAUAUGAUACAUGCUACUCAAUUCGACAAGUUUCAUCAAGAAGAAGUAGGUGAGUACCACUAUAUGACGGGGCUUGACGUGUCAUCUGAGAUAACUCCCAUUGCAUACCUCAAUGCCCUCAGAUUCAUCUCAAACUCCUCGAAAACAGAGGGUCGGGUGUCGACUUAUUGUACGACAAACAUAUUUAGCAAGGUGGACAUUAGAAUCCGCUAUGAGUCAGAAAAGCACUAUCAGGUUAAUGCCAUUGAAUGCCAUUCGGGUACCACAAAUGUUCAGUUGAGUCAAACUAUUUGGGAGGAAACGUUCAUUAGCGGUUUCAUUAGAUCGAUCAUUAUCAGUAAAGACAAAGAACGAAAGCUUCCUGGUUUGGUGGAGAUACCGUUCGGACUUGACAAUGGUUUAACAUACUGUGAGAAAUUUGUUCCGGUCAUUUGUAAGUUUUUACCACGUGGAAUUGAAAGCGGCUGCGAUUUGACCAAGCACUCACAACCUUCGCUGAAAAAUAAUUAUCUUUUGCAUUCGUUGCAAGAGUUUUUAAUGAUCAGUCCAAAUCUUUACGAUGUUACUAUUGAUUCAUUAGAAGAUCUGAUAAAAAACGAUGGAGAAAACGAACUUUGUUAUAGAAUAGCUAUGAUAGCCAUAAUGGUACAAAGUGGAACUAACGAUAUGGUUGCAAUCAAAACCAUAAACAAUACUAUAAAGAAAUUCUAUCCUUUGAAUUUUUUGCAUUUGAGACAACAUGAUCUAACAAAUAUAGUGGAUCUUUUGUGCUUACAGAUUGAAUUUUUACUAUCGAAAAAUGACUAUGAGUUAGCGCUGCCGAUUGCUAAGAAAAUCACAGAACUGAGUUCUGAUAACUUCGAUGCCUGGUACAAGCUUUCUGAAUGUUAUCUUCAAAUGGGUGAAUAUGAAUUGGGAUUGUUAUCUAUCAAUUCGAUGCCCCAAAUGCCAAUGGUAGACAGUUGCAAAGAAGCGAUGACUGAGCAAAAAUUAGAAGGGUUUUAUUAUCAAAACCCCUCUGGGAUUGGCCCUCACUCAGAACUGCAAUCGAAUGAAUUUAAUCACGUCUGCUCAAGCAUGAAAGAAUAUAAAGAGAAAGAUUUAGAGUCUUUAAUUUUCGGUCGAAUUGUGAUGCCUAAUGGCAAUAAACGAGGGUAUAUCGAGAAUAUUUGGAAUGGUUCAUGCCUGCAAUUGGGUCCAAUAUAUGGUCCUCAGAGCAAGAAUUUGAUCAACUUCGUUUCACCACAGGAGGUCAAUUCCAUCGGAAACCCGCUUCUGCUACGGAGAAAUUCCAUGGCAAAGCAAUUGAGUUGGUCCUUGUCCCAAGUUUAUGGGCUGGUAAUGUUCAUUGUGUCUUCAAUUGGAUGGAACUCAUUCCUAGAGCUCAGGUCGAAAACAUUUGUGAUGGAGCGUGAGUAUCUAGGGACAAGGAGGACGCUCACACAGGAGAUCAAGUCAAAGCGUCUCUGCGAAAGAUGGCUCGAUGAUUUGUUUCUGGACAUCUACGAUGACUUAAAAAUCGCCAUGCAGUCUCAAGAGCAUAGAGAACAGAAAUACAGUGGACUAGAAUGGGAGCUCCUUGGUCUGACACUAUUACGUACGAGAAACUGGUCCGAGGCUGUUGCUUGCUUGCGCACAAGUAUAAUGGCUCGUUUCGAUCUUGUCAGUGCAGAAAAGCUUCUGAAAUUAUACCUCUCUGACGAUUUCACAGAAAAAGGAGCCCUGGAUCCAGAUGCUGUCUUGGCACUUUUAGUGGAUAAGGUUUCCUAUGAAAGUAGAUUCUAUGACACUUUCCAACUACCAAACUUAUUGAUUUUACGUAAGUUAUGUGCAUUUGAAGGUGUUGAAAGUAUCAGAAAUCAUGUGUAUGCUUUACCAUCGGCUCAAAAAGGCUUUGUUUCAUUGAUGGACAGGUUUCUCGAUUACAUAAAAGAAAUGUGUGAGUAA